AUGUCCGCUGCUGGAGGACACGCCGAGGAAACGUCCCCUAAAACGCGCAUUCCCAAGACCGCCUCGUCCGUGCACGACGUAUCCGCCGAAAAGCCACCGUUUGGCUCACGAUUCCUGACAAACGAGGCAGACGUAUGGAGCCAGAAUGCUUGGGAUCACGUACCGCCCCCGACAGAUCAGGACGAAGUCAUUUCUGCUGCACUAAACAGACAGAAAAGCGCACCUGUGCCCGACGAAGAGAAGCCCAAGUACAAUGACAAACCAGCGAGACAUUGGGAUGAAUUUUAUAAGGCGAAUGCUAGCAACUUUUUCCGGAACAGAAAAUGGUUGCAUCUAGAGUUCCCAGAGCUGAAGGCUGCCGCAGAAGCUCAUGCAGGGCCAAUGGUCAUCGCGGAAGUCGGCUGUGGCGCAGGCAACGCAGUGUUCCCGUUGCUGGCCGCCAACGAAAAUCCCCAUCUACACCUAAAAGCGUAUGACUAUUCCUCACACGCCGUCAAACUCGUUCAGAACAACCCCUUAUACCUCUCGCCACCUCUCGGCACGAUCGAAGCCGCAGUCUGGGAUCUGACAUCCCCCACUCUCCCUCCAGGACUGGAGCCCGGAAGCGUUGAUAUCCUGACGCUCGUGUUUGUCAUGAGCGCGCUACACCCAAAAGAGUGGGCGAACGCGGUGUCCAACAUACACAAGCUUCUCAAGCCGGGCGGACUCGUCCUCAUGCGCGACUACGGCCGUUAUGACCUGACACAACUCCGGUUCAAGGGCGGCCGCCUCCUCGACGACAACUUCUACAUCCGUGGCGACAAGACGCGCGUGUAUUUCUUCGAACUCGACGAGCUCGCAUUGCUGUUCACCGGGUCUCCUGCCCCUGCAGCGUCGAAGACGAGCACCGCGAUCCAGGUAGUAGAGGAAGCCGACGACCCCUCGGAUUCAGACCCCAGCACCCGUUCAGCGCCUGGAAUAUCUCAGCCACAAUCUCCCGGCCAAUCAACACCUACCCUCGCCGACGUCGAAGAAUCGCUCUCAUCCCUCUCGGUCGGCACCUCGGAAGAUACACCACAAAAAGCCGGUGCGGUGCAUCCCACCCUCGCGCAACCAUCUACAACGAACGGCUCGCAUCCACUUUUCUCGAUCGAACAGCUGGGCGUCGAUCGCAGGCUCAUCGUGAACCGGAAACGGCAGCUGAAGAUGUACAGGGUGUGGAUGCAGGGCAAGUUCAGGAAGGCGUCGGAGCCGGAGUCGAAGUCGUAGCCU